AUGAACUCCGAAGACGACAGCCAAGAUGAAAGGAAAGGCCCAGGCAUACUUAAUAAGAAAAUAAGUAAGGAGAAGAAAGAAAUGGAAUGGUAUGAAACGAAUAAUCCUCGGCGACAGAGAUUUCGUGGUGGCAUUCCUGUUGUCGAUGAGCUGCCAGAAGAUAGGGAGCCGAAUGAGUAUUCACGAAUAGGCUACGCACUGAAUAAUGCACCGAUAGCCACUCAAACAUACACUGGACUUUUAUUGGGACCUCACGAGCCUCUUCGAUAUGAUGGUAAGCAUGACCUCCCCGGCAAAGCAAUCCGUGUACCAACAACUAAUGGUAUCAAGGUCGUCUUCAAGCCAUACAAACUGCUCCUCUAUCGUGGCCGCUCUAGGGCUCAGCCAUUACAUGACGACCAACAUCGGUUUGUGUAUCUGGCACAGGGCAAACCUGAGUCGGGGCAGCAGGUAGGGGACUGCUUCAUACGGCUCGAAGAGAUUCACAAGCGUAUGAACGGUACGAGCUUUGACUAUGAGGAAGAUUAUGAUUUGUAUAUGGAAUAUCGCAGAAUCCGGAGCCGCAUUGCAAAAACCACUGCGAAAAAGCCCAAGAAGACUCUAGAAGACCAAUUUGCAGCCCUUCAGAAUGACAGGGGGGGGGACGACUGCAUUGAACUAUUUCGCGUUUGGGCUGAGAUACUCCGAAGGUCACAAGGCGAUAAGCUAGCAGCAAAAGACUUCUUUGGUCGCUAUUGGGAUGCUGUAAUUCCACCUGAAAUCACAGGUAUAUUCGCAGCCGGGUUCAGGAUCAUUGUGGGAUUGAACUACACAAAAAGCAGAGACUACCCUGACGUGAACCUUCUGACAACUGAGCAACGCAAGCUUCUGAAGGAAGAAGUGUUGGGCGUAGUGCAGCGUGUUGUUGAUACGACUCGUCUCAAGUUCAGACCUCAACUUACUAUCGAUAAUGUCUUUAUCGACGAUGAGUUUACUGUCAAUGCCACCAACGGUGCGGCGGACUGGUCCGCUAUCGGAUGGAGAUCUCUUGACACGCAUCCGGCAGGCCUUUACAGUAUCGCUGUGGACCUACCAGUACGGCAUUUCCUUCGUUACGCUGUCGAUGGUAAACCAUUUUGGCAACCGAAAUACGAAGCCCCUCCGCAGCAGUCUGCUCUGGACCUUAACGGGCGGCUGGGCAGAUGCCGCCCACACACACUGCGAACAAGAACUGAGGUCAACAAUCUUUCGAUAGAUGGCGCGAGAAACCGCCCGAGAAACCCAACUCAGGACAAAUGCGUGGCUGCUGGCGGGUAUUCUGCGAACUUGGCUUUAUCGGACCUAUAUCCUGGCUAUUACCCGACGGCUGCCGACGCGAAGAAAAGAAGAGUUGCAGAGGUCGCUAAUAAUCUUGUGCUCGGCACGCCUGACACCAACACAGUUAUGAUGAGAUACGAAGCUUUUGUUAAACGUCUCGCUGAGCAUGCAAAUGGUCACCAAGGCUGUACAGUGGUCGUCGAGACAGAAAUUCAGUAUCCAACCCUCGAAGGAUGGAAUGAGGAUUGGAUUAGACAAAGCCAGUACACAUGGCUUGCACCCGCCCUUUUCUACAAGUACGAAAACCCCAACAGCACGCCUGCCAUGUCCAUGGAACGGGAAUUGUAUCCGUUGAACCGCGAGUCCUGCCUGUUAUUUCAGGCCCUCCUUGAUAAGUCCUUCGAGAACAUAUGCUGGGGGUGGAAUUGCUGGGGCGAUAAUGAUGUUGGGCGAACUCUCCUAGACGCUAUGCGUGUGGCUGAUGAUGAUGAGGAAGGGCCAAGCGAAGAGAAAGCGAUCGAGUUGGUUAAUGAGGAUCUAGCCCAGAGACCCGAAUGA